AUUCGUUAAGCGUUUCUCUGUAGAGAAUUCUCUUUCUACUUUCCUUCCCCGAAGAGAGAGAGAAGAGAGAGAGUCUCUGUCCCUCUCUCUCCUGCACGUUGUAAGCGUUUCUAGCAACAAAAAAAAAAGAAAAAAAAACGAGCGCUUCUAUUUCGCCCCCUUUUUGCAAUCCAGACUUGGCUAAUGGGUUUUCUUUGCUUCGUUGGUUCACAGAUUCGCUCGUUUCGUUAAGCGAAAGCAAGCUCGCAGCAAUGGAGUUGGUGGGAAAAGUCGUAAGGAAGGAGAUCGACGGGGUUGGGUUUUGCUCCGGCACGGUGCGAUCUUACGAUUCGUCUGGAUUUUUCGAGAUCGUUUAUGAGAAUGGCCUUACGGAGAUUUCGGAAUUUGCUGAGGUUGCUGCGCUCGUGAUGGGAGAAGGGAAACCCCAGGAAACACCGGUCCAAGUGAAGCCGCGAGUUGGUAAGAGGACAAGGAAGCGGCCUCGGGUCGAGAGGAUGGAUGAGAUCAAGCGAGACAGCUCUGGGAGAGGGAAGGAGAAGUGGCAAAAUGAGGUAAAUGUCUUGGGAAAUCUCGAUUUAAAUGAUGGAGUUCCGGAGGAUUCUGGGGUUAGUGAUUGCGUUGGUAUGGGUUUGAGAGGGAAUGUCGUCGAUUUGAAUUGUGGUCCUGAGGAAACCCUAGGUAGGACAUGGGAGUCUGGGAUGGACUUGAAUAGGGCUGUUCCGGAACCGAGAACUGGGUUUGAUCUGACCACCGGCUUGGAUUGGAAUUUGAAUGAAGGUUUAGGUUUGAUUAACGUAAAUGUCGAUUAUGAGCAAAAUUGUAAGGAUAAAAGGAGGGGUUAUAUUGAUUUGAAUAUGGAUGCAAGCUGUGAUUUGGACAAUGCUGGUGUCUGUGCUUCGAAUGCCCAGAAGCGGGAGGGAGGAUUUGAUUUGAACUUGGAGGUUAACGUAGAGAACAGCAAGGAUGACGUACUCAUUCAAAUGAAUGGAAGUGACAUAAUUCAAGAAACCAACAUGCAGGACCAAAAUGGCGUCAAGGAUAAUCUCGAGACUGGCGAAUAUAAAGAAGUUCAUGUUGCUGAAGUAUCAAGCGUUCAGCUUUUGGAGGAGAUACGGAAGCAGAACGUUGUUUCACUGCAAGAUCUUACUACUCCUAAUUCUAAUGGGGUUGAGCGGGAUCAUGAUCUGCCUGAGCAUGAUGCUAAGGCUGUUGAUGAGUUCCUCUCUGAUAGGGAAAUUUCGGAUGAAUAUACUAGUGGUAGGAGGAAAAGAAGAAAAGGCUCGGAGAAUCCAAAAUUCACGAGUCAACCUCGGUUGAGAAGAAGCGCACGUAGAAUGUUAGCUCGAUCACCUGCCAGUAGCACUAUAACAGCUUGCUUAGCUGAUGAAUUAUCCCCUUCUCCGUCAGUUAGUAGUCUGACAGACGAGAAAACUACGAUCAUUAAUGGAAAAGCUGAAAAUAUUUCUUUGCUUCCGCCAAAGCCACAGUUACCUCCAUCCUCGCAUGUUUUGAAUUUAGAUGGUCUUCCCAUUCUUGAUGUCUUUACUGCCUACUCUUGCCUGAGGUCCUUCAGUACUUUGCUGUUUUUGAGUCCCUUUGAGUUGGAGGAUUUUGUGGAAGCGAUGAGAUGCACGUCUCCCAGUCUAUUAUUUGAUAGCAUCCAUGUUUCUGUCUUGCAAAUAUUAAGAAAACAUUUGAAGCAACUCGUUGGUGAAGGUGACCUAUCUGCGACUGCUUGCCUGAGGAGUCUUGAUUGGAAUAUGCUGGAUGUGGUUAACUAUCCCCUUUUUGUAGUCGAAUACCUGCUAUUUUCUGGGUCUAAGGACAACCCUGGAGUGGAUCUAGCUCGGUUUAACUUUUUCGGAAAUGAGUAUUUCAGACAGCCCACGAAUCUGAAAAUCGAGAUACUUAGCCGUUUGUGUGAUGAUAUGACAGAUGCUGAAGUUGUGAGAUCAGAGCUUAAUAAAAGAUCUUUUGCAGCUGAGUCUGAAAUGGAAAUCGAUAGGAAAACGAACACAGAAGUACGGCGCAGAAAGCGAACUAUGAUGGAGCGGGCAGAUGAUUUUCCUUUGAAUGAUGAGGUCAUUGAUGGCUCGUUUGACCGGAACAGUGACGACUGUUGUUUUUGUAAAAUGGAUGGGAACUUACUGUGCUGUGAUGGUUGUCCGGCUGCUUAUCAUUCUAAGUGUGUCGGUGUUGCCAGUCACCUUUUGCCUGAGGGUGAUUGGUACUGCCCCGAAUGUUCAUUUGAUCGGCGUGUACCAGGAUUGAAGCCUGAAAAGCAAAUUCGAGGAGCAGAGUUUAUAGAGAUUGAUCCACAUGGCCGAAAGUACUACAUCAGUUGUGGCUACUUAUUGGUGAUAGAUACAGAUGGCUCAGGCUCAUUAAACUACUACCAUGUGAAUGAUGUGAUCCUUGUAUUGGAGCAGCUCAAGUCAUGCGGUAGUUUCUACAUUGGCGUAGUAAGUGCAAUUACAAAACACUGGGAUGUCCCAGUUGAGCAGAAAAGGACAAUCACCGCUGCGAAUUCACAAAUGUCAGUAUGCUUGGAUAAUUCAGCCAAAGGAAUGAUUUCUUCUAUUGAUGGGUUCAAAGCUCCUCUACCAGCCCCAGAAAAGCAGCCAACAUCUGGAGUUGAAAAAAGGCUGGACGAAACAUCCAGCAAUGGAGGUUCACAUAAUCAUUGUCAUAGGACUCGUCGGAAGAUAUCAGGUUUAGCUACUGGGAUAGAUUUCCUUAAUAUGAGUUCUGAAGGAUCUGCUGAAACUGUACAAAAUGGUUCGGAUGUCCAGAGUCUUCAUGAACCAGCACCAUCAAGCAUUUUGGAUAUCAUGAAAGAGCCAAAUUUGAAUAUCCAUUCGUCUCCUCGUUAUUUGGCUAGAAUGAACACAAGGAAAGGAAUCAGACCGAUUCUGCAACACGAUACAGGCUACAGAAAUCAGUACAUAUUUGCUCAGAUGACUACAGCAAUUUCUGAAGAGAUGAUGCGUAAGUCACCUAGCCGUACCAAUGAUAUGAGAUCUGAUGAAGAGAUAGCUUCUACCCAGGUGAAGACUAUAUUGAUGAAAACCACCAAAUUUCAAUGGCGAAACAUCCAAGGCCUCUACCUAGAUGCAUGGAAAGAAAAAUGUGGAUGGUGUCAUUCAUGCAAAUCUGAGGAUGCCGGGAGUGAGACAAAUUGUUUGUUUAACAUGAGUCUCGGGGUUUUACGGGGCCCUUCGGAAAGUGAAGUUGCUAACAGUCAAUCCAUUGAUAAGAAAAGUCAUCUUAUGGCUAUCAUAUGCCAGAUAUUAUCCAUGGAAAGUCGACUGCAAGGUCUUUUGGUUGGUCCAUGGUUGAAUCCACAGCACUCCGGGAUUUGGCGUGAACACAUUCUGAAAGCAUCAAAUAUAUCAAGCCUGAAACAUUCAUUAGUUGAACUAGAGGCGAAUUUGCAUCAUCGUGUUCUUUCACUUGAGUGGCAUAACCAUGUCGAUUCUGCUGUAGAAAUGGGAUCAGCACUGUCAUGGUCAAAGGCUGCUAUUGGUAAAAGACGGGGAACAUUGUUGGAGUCUGGGGUUAACCGUACUGCAAAGAAAAAUGUUGGAUUGACCAUGUGUUGGUGGAGAGGUGGCCGGAUUUCACGGCAAUUAUUCAACUGGAAGGUUUUACCUCGCUCUUUGGUCUCGAAGGCUGCUAGACAAGGUGGAAGUAUGAAUAUUCCAGGAAUACUGUAUCCUGAGAAUUCAGAGCCCGCUAAGAGAAGCCGACGUGUUGCUUGGGAAGCAGCUGUUGAGUCAUCGACGACUUCAGAUCAGCUCGGUUUUCAGGUGAGGACACUCCAUUCUUACAUAAAGUGGGAUGAUAUUGAAAACAGUCAUCUACUUCCUGCAUCGGACAAAGAAUCCAAAAAAACUGCCAGGCUGUUCAAAAAAGCGAUUGUCCGUAGGAAGUGCAUAGAGGAAGAGACUGUGAAAUAUCUCCUUGACUUUGGUAAAAGGAGAAAUAUUCCGGAUGUUGUGCUGAAGAAUGGUAGCAUGAUUGAAGAAUCCUCAAGUGAAAGAAAAAAAUUCUGGCUGAAUGAAUCGUAUGUGCCUUUACAUCUUCUGAAAGGAUUUGAAGAGAAAAAAGCUAUACGAAAAACUAGUAAGCCAGGAGGCUCUUUCAGACACUCUGAGUUAGAAAAAGUACGGAAAAGGUCCUCAGAGGGAAAAGGAUUCUCAUACCUCUUUGAAAGGGCAGAAAGAUCUGAGUCCUCUUUGUGUGAGCAAUGUAAGAAAGAUGUGCUUUUGAGUGAUGCUGCGUGCUGCCACAUCUGCAAAAGAUUGUUUCACAAAAAGCAUAUCAGGAAAGCGGAUAAGGAAGGCACGUACAUCUGUCUUCCAUGCAGAAGUGAAGUAGUAGCAAGAGAACAACCCGGCGUACGGAAAAGAGGGCGGCCCCCAGGGAGUUUCCGUAAAAAAAUUGGCGUUCAGACACAAAAGCGUAAAAAGGUCGUACCUGCUCGCAAAUCAACUCGGCUAAAGAAGACUAAAACCUCACUGGCAGAGAGAAUUUCCGUUAGGUUAAAGAAUCAUAAGAAGGUUGUUGCAAGCAAACCAUUGCGACGUUCAGGCAGGAAACCGAAACAUGUUAUUCGGUUGCAGGAUGAAAGUAAAGUUCCUGGAGAGAGUAAGAAACGGAAACUGGAAACCAAAAGAGGCAGAGGCAGGCCUAAGAAAGUAAAACAAGAGAUAUCCUUAAGAAAUAAGAGAAAAGAAAGCUGCUCUAGCUAUUGGUUGAAUGGAAUCAGAUUAUCCAGAAAGCCUGGUGAUGAACGGGUAAAGAAGUUCCGGGAAGAUAGAUGUUUUAUACCUUCGGAGAACUCGGAUCAUGAUCAACCUACGUGUCAUUUAUGCGGCUCGAAUGAAUCUGAAUCUGGAUCAAUUUUCAUCUCUUGCGAAAACUGUCCAAAACGGUGGUACCAUGGAGAUGCAUAUGGGAUUGACGAGAAGAAUUUAAGUACGGUGAUUGGAUUCCUGUGCCAUCUCUGUCGCGGAAAGUCUUCUCCUACCUGUCCACAUAUGGGAUAGCAUAUUCUUAGGCUGGGGAUCAGGUUGGAAGGAUCAGACAGGGCUAGAUGUAACUUGGAGAUGUCUAUAAAUUUAUGGGAGAAGAGUAUGAGGAGAGAAUCAAGGAGAAGGAGAAGCGGAAGCAGAUGAGGAAAGAGUUUGGUGCUAGUAUGAAGUUAGUUGGCUUGUUGGGACUGCUAACUUGGAUGAGUAGGUACUAAAGUGAAGUGGUUGACUUAGAAUUAGAGUGAACAAAAAAGGGGAUUUAAGAACACCAGAGUUGAUUUAUAACAUGAUUUCAUUUGCUUUUCGGAAUAGAGGGAGUCAUCAAACAAGUGAAUGUAUGUAAAGAAUAUGUUGAAUCCAUUCUCUAUUGAAAUCCAUUGGUAGUGCUGUUUAUUAGCUUCCAAGUU